CAGCGAUAUUUUUGAUCUCAGCAGUUCACUAAACAACAUAAUUAAUAAUCGAUCCCAAUUAUUGGAUCAGGCCAUGUUAGAAUAUAAUUUCAAUGUGGAUGUUGAAGCUGUGGCCAAUUGGUUGACUAGUUUAGAAAAAAUGUUAUCUGCUGCUAAUGAAAUUGAGAAUGUCGAAGAUUUGAUGGUAGAGAUUGGCCGAAAUGAGUAUAUCAGCACUGAACUCAGUGACAUGGAAAGCAUUAUGGUCGAUUUAGAAAACAGGGUCAAUGAACUAACAUAUAAUCACCUUAAUGGUGAAGCUAUUAAAUCUAAAUAUUCAUCUUUGACUGACCGAAAUGUGCUGCUUGCGACUGCCCUGGCUCGAAAUAAAAAUGAGACAGAUUCUGCUUCGAGGGGGAUCGUUAUGAAGUUACGCUAUGAUGAUAUUCUUGAGUGGAUGAAUAACUUCAAGGCACGUUUGAAUGAUCCCUAUUAUGGUUGCUUGAUUUUAAUGAUUUUAGGUUCGACAUUGGCAGAAAUUAUCAGGCUCAUUAAAGAAAACGAGAAGGUUGAUGAUACUUUGAAUACAUAUCGAAACCUUUCCCAGCAACUUUUGAAAGAUGUGGAAGCAGAAUCUUCUUUGUACGUUAAAAGAACAAAUCUAUACGAGAGAGUAAUGGAAUUGGGAGAUAGUUGGGAAGAAUUAUUGAAUAUUUAUAAUGUGCGUAGACAACAUUUGGAGCAAGCGCAUGAUGUCUAUGAUUAUUACUACGAAGUAAGGGAGGCGAUGAACUGGCUUGAAGAAGUAGAAAUGUGUUACACCACAUCUUAUCUCAAUGACGAAGAUGUCCAUUUAUUGCACAUUGACCGUGUUAAACAGCUUAUGGAUCAAGUUGUUAGUUUUGGAACACGAAUUGAUGAAUUGUCAGAUAAAGCUCAGCAAUUUAAUGUCAUAGGAAACAAUUUUAUUUCUAGAUUCAAGAGUUGA